CCACGGAGCAUUCGCCGUUUUCCCCGACCUACAACCCCAGGCUGGCAUAGUAUCUUUCAACACACCACCGGUAUUCGGCAUUCAAAACCGCGAUCCAGAGUCCAGACCUGUCAAGUCUAUCAGGGGUCUUAUCAAUAGCCUCAUUGGAGACAAAGUCUGGUUAAAUACCAAAGGAGCUUCUUCCAGUGGGAAAAAGUAAAACACUGCAAAACUGGAGUGGGCUCUCGGUGUAACGCUUCUCCGUCGUCGACACAGCUGUCGAAUAAAUCCCUCCUCUCCUUCAUGAGAUGCCGAGACAAUUCCUCAGUGCAGCUUUGAAUCUCAUAUAGGUCAUUUUCGAUGGAGUUGACAGAACGGAGAAACUCUGCCCUUGAGGCUGCUUCUCAGUCUCUGUUUGACGCGAGCUCCACCCGGUCCGAAGAUGCCAGUGUCCUAUUAGUCCUACUCUCAUUCUUUUCACCAUGCGAGAAAAUUCCCCUGGAACUAUUUACACGGGGGUCAACACCUCGAAAAAGAUGGACGAUCGAGGGAGAGGUUGAGCUUGUUGAUGCGACCAAAGUUGGCCUGACCUCGUGGUUGAUCGACAUACUAGCAGAUGGCCAACGACUUACACGAGCCUUUCGUGAACUAUGUCAAUUGGCAGCUGUUCUCAAAUAUCCAGAUGAGACGUAUCACUUGAAUGAAGAUAUGUCAGCGAGAGUCCACCGAAGCCUUGCUCCAGAUGCGCUCCCGUUCUGGCGACAACAGGCUUUGAUUGUGGCAUAUAGAGCCAUACCUUGGAAGUACAUCGAGUUCCCAGAACCCGUGGUUAAAUCAUUCUUACCACAUCUACAUCAUGUUGCUGAGGCGUUCCACGACUGUUUCGAUGAGUUGCCUACAGCCACCAGAACCGACUUCAUGCUCACGCUCAUUGAAGCUUUCCGGUUUCCAGACAUGGCAUGGAAGUAUUUCGCAAUUGGCCAGGCAGAAUUGGCUGCUGGGCGCUUGAAAGAUACACACCUCCGGCUCUGCAUUGGCCAAACCAAAGCAGUCUUGGGACGUCUCAGUGGCAACAUGGAUGAGGCGACAGAAAGUCUUCAGGACUUCAUAAUCAACGACCCGGCGGCCGCUGUGAAUAAGCGCAUAAGCUGUGAAGUUGGGGUCGCUAUUAUCCAACGUUCCCUAAACUCAAUCCAAGUGGCGGAUCUGUCCACUGCGCAGAAGCUAUUGGAGGAUUGGAACCCGCUUGGCGAUGAGCCUUCGCCCCUGGAAGAGAUCCUCAGUUUCCGCAAACACUCGCUGCUGGGAAGAGUCAAGCGACUACAGGGCAAUUUCGAUGAAUCUCUAAAGUUGCUGGAGACAGCACACGAAGUGUCGCAGAAACCGAGUCAGCUCAUCUUUGAUGAGGACCUACGGGAUCUGACAUGCGAUUUAGCCGAUGCUCUAAGAGAACUUGACGAGCCUAUGACAGGUGAAGGUUAUCUUCGUACUGAGAUUAUGCGGCGUACCGAGAGACCCGACCCUUUGAUUGGCAAAUCACUUCUGGAAUUGGCUCUAUCGGAGGCUCUUUUCGCUCAGGAACGCUAUGAAGAGGCAGAGAAGAUAUGCGGUGACAUUGAGUCUCGGGUUAGUCUUCUGAAGUAUGAGAGACUGCGAGUAUAUGUCAUCUUAGCAAAGCUGUCGCACAUCAGAUCGGAUUUUGAGGUUGCAUUAUCUCGAUGGAGUGAAGCGAUGCAGGCACUUCAAGAGUUUUCCUUGGUCGAUGGACAAGUACAGACUAUCAUAUCAGCGUCAAUGGCUGACGUGUUGGAUGCCCAAGGUCACAACUGGUUAACGCGAGAAUCUCCUCGCAGGGCGUCACUGAAUGAGCUGGCAAAACCUGAAGGAGUUCCGUAUUGGAUUGCUGGUUUUCGACAAUGGGCAGAUUAUUUGCAAUCUCGGGGUCGACAUGACUUAUAGUUUUGUCUGGGGUUGACCAAAAGUCAAUGAUGAUAUUAUGAGUAAGGUAUAUAUGUUGGAAUUGAGAUACCCUAUAUCAAGGUCGUUGGUUGGGUUGG